CUAGCCCCCAGUUGGGUUAGGUUUUACGCUGGAAAUUCUCAACCAAGUGGUGUUAAAAAAAAGGAUAAAUUUUAGUUGGACAGAAUUAAAUGUUUUUCAACGAGUGCAAACUGUUCAUCCAUAAAACUCACUCGUUCAAAUAGUUCAUUGUUUUCAUUGUGUUGAUGAUAAAACAUCUGUGCAAUAUAUUUAAAAUCCAUAUAAUCACGUGAAUAAACGUGUGACCCAUCGAGGCACCGUUGUAUUCCCUUGUAUAUGAUAUUCUAAACGGAAAAUGAGUCGACAUGAAGGGGUAAGUUGUGACUCCUGCCUAAAGGCCAAUUUUCGGGGUCGGCGAUACAAGUGCCUGGUGUGCUACGAUUAUGACUUAUGUGCCAGCUGCUAUGAGGCAGGGGCCACUACCACACGCCACAAUGCUGAUCAUCCCAUGCAGUGUAUACUCACUCGAACUGAUUUUGAACUUUACUAUGGGGGUGAAGGUGUGAGUGUGGAGCAGCCACAGUCAUUGACCUGUCCUUACUGCACGAGAAUGGGCUUCACUGAGGCAACUCUGCAGGAGCACGUGGCUGCUGAUCAUCCUGAUACUACUUUUGAAGUCGUGUGCCCAGUGUGUGCAUCGCUACCAGGAGGUGAUCCAAAUCACGUAACGGAUGAUUUUGCGAAUCAUUUGACUCUGGAGCACCGAAGUGGCCCGAGGGAUUUGAUAUCAUUUCUGGAUGAGCCAACGGCGAGUCGGCAUGGCCCGCGACGGAUACCCCAUCCGUCUCGAGGUGUUGGAGGCCCAAGGCCACGCAGGUCCAACAUGCAUUUCAGCUCGUCGGGGGGUUUGAGCCCAAGCAGCCGAGAUGGCAUAGAUCCUAUUGCGGAAUUGUUAUCCCAAUUGUCAGGUGUACGUAGAACUGGCGCUGGUACUGGCCAGAGCUCUCAAUUGCAGCAAUUGCAAAUGCAAUUGCAAUUGGAACGUCAACAGGUUAGAACAGCCACGAGGCACCAACUGGAGCGAUUGCCAAGGAGGCAAACCCAAGUAAUUGGUUCAGUAUCAAGUGGCAAUAGCAGUGGCAGUGGUACCGCCAGUGGAAGUGGCGGUACAACAGGCAGCCAUUCGACAACAAUGGCUAGUGUUGUUGCUGGCACCACAGGAAGCAACAACAACUCUAGCAGCACCGCCAACUCGUCCAGCGCGACAGCUGCCAGUAGCCAGAAUUCCAUGUUCUUGUUGCCUAGAUGCAUGGCAACGACAUUGACGGACUCCCAGCUCCAAAGUAUCGAGCGUGAAAGUGCAAACAGAAGUCUCUUCGCACGUGAACUUGUGAUUGGCACCCUGUCCCAGACAUUGCCAGAAUUAACUGAUCACCAACAGCAGAGUAACGAGCUAUCGGCUGUCCAAACACCUGCAUCAAGUACAACGACAGCAACAACAAGCCCCGAGACACCAGGUAGUGCUGUUAAAAAGCCUUCAUUACACGACGCUAAGAGAGAUCAUCAGGCAUCAACUGCCACUGGUACAACGACAACUGGAGCUGUUACAAAGUCUGUGGUAUCGUCAACUGGCCAACAAGUGCCAUUGCAUUCUGUACAGGCAACAGCUGCUGCUGGACAAGGAUUGCCGAAUAAUCCUAAUGGUAUUAAUACGCAGAAUGCAACCAUGGUUCAGACGUUAAUGCACAGUGUUUUACCUCAACCACUGGUACUGCAGCAACCACUGCCACCACCGAUUCGAAAUACAGGAACUGGAACAAUCAGAGAGCCCAUUGCAACGCCAGCACCAGCGUAUCUGCGUGGUGGUGUUGGGCCAGUUGGUGUGACAGGCCCAUCGCGCAGAAAGCCAGUGAGGGCCGUCGACGGUAGAAACCAAUCGACGGAGCCCCCACCCCCCCACUAACCCCCAAUGUUCUAGGUCUUUACCACUGUUUAAUUACUUUUUUCUUUUCGUCCCUUCAGCCCCUCGGAUAAUUACCCCUGGAAAUAAAAAAAAAUCUGCCCCCCCCCCCUACCCCCAAUUAGCACUAGUCCUAGCACUGUUUAGAUCACUUCAUUCAUUGUUGUUAAUUAUUAUAAUAUAUACUAUUCAUUUUUCGACCAGAGAAAUGCCCUUUUAACCCGCCUGCCUGAAUAUACCGCAAGAAAAUCUCUUUGCCCACUCAACUUGUGCGAGAAAGUCAAUAAAAUUAUUGGAAAUAUGUGGAAGAAGUGAACGUCAUUGGUGGCAAUAUACAAUAGGAAGAGGAUUAAUCAUUGAUGAUGAAAAUUAAAUGAUUGAAAAUGGUUUAGAUAAUUGAUUAAUUAUUUGUAUCGUCGCUUUAUCUUGGGAGUUUCUUGGGUUUUUGGUUUUCAUGUUCUGGCGUAAUAUCUGUCGUACUAGUUUAUUGAUUAAUUGAGUGCAUGAAUGAGUAACAGUGUUUCGAUAAUUAGUAAGCAGGUUUCUAUGAGAUAGUUUGAAAUAAAGUGAGAGAUGAGGAUUUA